GCUCCGCAAACAACAAACAACGCGCGCUCAACGCGUCCGUCCAAGCGCAACGCCGCCCAACACGACCAUCAUGGACCUCACCCACGUCCUCGACUCCGAGAUCUAUGUCCUCUCCUGCUGCCAGGCCGACGACGGCGCGGACCUCGUCGCGCUCGGUGGCGAGCACUCGGUCCACAUCGUGCAAAUAACAGAAAAGACGAUCGUCCCCCUCGCCGUGUUCCACCUAGGCGCACGCGUAACAGCGCUAGGAUGGUCAACAGGCUCCGUCUCGCCCUCCGUGUCCGAUGAAUGGCGCAUAGACCUCGUCGCGGGCUCCGCCGACUUCGGCCUCUUCCACCUGUCCAAACUAGCAGGACGGGAUGAAUGCAUCUACAACUUCGGUGCAGGUUCGACCGGCCACAACGGUGGCGUGAACUCUAUUGCCUUCGUGGGCGGCUACCCCGCCGACAGCACCCGUUAUGUCGCUACCUGCGGCGGCGACAAGACGGUCCUCGUCUGGGAUCUGUACCCCGAACGCAUCGACGACGGGAGCGCGAACGCGCAGAUGCCGGAAGCCAGCAUGCCCCCCGAAGACCGCACGCCCCCGACCGCGUACGAGAUCUCGUACGCGCACCCGCUGACCACCCUCUGCUCGCACCCCGCUACCAGCAAGGAGCUGCUCGUAGCCGACACUCACGGCACCAUCUUCAUGGUCGACUGGCGGUCAGACGACCCGGGCGAGCCACAGCCGGACAGGCGCACCGUCUUCGAGCUGGUCCAGCCGUACGCUAUGGGGGAUGCCCUCAUCGGAAACGGGGACACGACAUGGACAAGCGUCGCUUGGCGCAGGGACACCACAGACAUAAUCGGUUCCGUCACCGGGAACAAGUACCACAUAUGGGACCUGACCAAACUGUAUGGUGGCAAGCCGCUAAGAACUGGCCCUACAUUCUCCCAAGGGGGCAAAUUCCGCUGGUGCAACACUCACCCCGAGUUCUUCGCCAUAUCGUCGUCCUCACCGGCAACCGGCGCGAUCCUCCAUGUCCACAACCUCGGCUACCUCUCCCAGCAGCCGACCCAGCUGGCCAUCGCCGCAAAACCCCACUACGUACGCGACUUCGACUUCCUCGCCACACGCGGGGUCCCGCGCAUAGCCGCUGCCGUAGGACGCUCCCUCGUGGUCAUGCCUAUCGGGUCUGCGGAGAAGUAGGCUCAUACUCAGAGUUCGACUGUGGGGACGUCGGGCGAGCGAAGUCGCGUCUGCUAAGUAGCACCAGAUUGAUCUACACAAAGUAUACAUCGAUUCAGAAUAUUCGUGCUAGGGAAUUACAAGUCCUGACUUGCGAUGCUA